CUGAGCGCGAGACGCCACCGCCCCCGCCGCCGCCGCUAGUCGCCUGGGCGGACGCGCAGUCCCUGGCGCGCUGAGGGCGGGGGAGCAGCUGCGGGGGCCGCGGUGCUGAGAGGAGGCCGGGGUUGGGCUUUCUCCUCAGCCAGACCCCACCCCACCCGGCCGAUCCCACCCCCUGCUCCUUCCUUCCCGGAGCGCGCGCUCGGGUGCGCGCUCGGAAGUCGGGGGUCGGCUCAGAGUGCGAGCUGCUCCCAGGGUGGGUGAGGGAGGCGCAGAGGCGGUGCGCGGGGGCAGUGGCCAGGGAGCCGCACAGUCCUCGCUAGGGGCGCCCACCCGCCAGUCUCUCCCGUGCGAGCCUCCGCCCGCGCGAGAGUCCGGCUCCGGGGCCCCCAGGCUCAGCCCGCGGAGCGGCCUCCCGGGGACGCCGUUGGGCGAGGGGAACGCGCCGGCCCUGGCCUUUGCAGUGGCCCAGCGCGCGGGCGGUGGGAUGAGGGGCAGCGAGCGGGCCGCGCUGGCCUGGCGGCGCCGGGGGCGGCUCUGGACGGUGUUGGCUGUGCUGGCGGCAGCCGCGGCGGGCUGUGCCGGGGCAGCCAUGGACGAGUGCACGGAMGAGGGCGGGCGGCCGCAGCGCUGCAUGCCUGAGUUCGUCAACGCCGCCUUCAACGUGACCGUGGUGGCCACCAACACGUGUGGGACUCCGCCCGAGGAGUACUGUGUGCAGACCGGGGUGACCGGGGUCACCAAGUCCUGUCACCUGUGCGACGCCGGGCAGCCCCACCUGCAGCACGGGGCAGCCUUCCUGACCGACUACAACAACCAGGCCGACACCACCUGGUGGCAAAGCCAGACCAUGCUGGCCGGGGUCCAGUACCCCAACUCCAUCAACCUCACGCUGCACCUGGGGAAAGCUUUUGAUAUCACCUACGUGCGCCUCAAGUUCCAUACCAGCCGCCCCGAGAGUUUCGCCAUCUACAAGCGCACGCGGGAGGAUGGGCCCUGGAUCCCCUACCAGUACUACAGUGGCUCCUGCGAGAACACCUACCUGAAGGCCAGCCGUGGCUUUAUCAGGACAGGAGGGGAUGAGCAGCAGGCCUUGUGUACCGAUGAGUUCAGUGACAUUUCUCCCCUCACCGGAGGCAACGUGGCCUUCUCAACCCUGGAGGGCAGGCCCAGUGCCUACAACUUUGACAAUAGUCCUGUGCUGCAGGAGUGGGUAACAGCUACUGACAUCAGAGUGACUCUCAAUCGCCUGAACACUUUUGGAGAUGAAGUGUUUAAUGACCCCAAAGUUCUCAAGUCCUAUUAUUAUGCAAUCUCUGAUUUCGCUGUGGGUGGCAGGUGUAAAUGUAACGGACAUGCCAGCGAGUGUGUGAAGAAUGAAUUUGACAAGCUGGUGUGUAAUUGCAAACAUAACACGUAUGGAGUGGACUGUGAAAAGUGCCUGCCUUUCUUCAAUGACCGGCCGUGGAGGAGGGCAACUGCUGAAAGUGCCAGCGAGUGCCUGCCCUGUGACUGCAGUGGCCGAUCGCAGGAAUGCUACUUUGACCCUGAGCUCUACCGUUCCACGGGCCAUGGCGGCCAUUGUACCAAUUGCCGGGAUAACACUGAUGGUGCCCACUGUGAGAGGUGCCGGGAGAACUUCUUCCGCCUGGGGAACAACGAAGCCUGCUCUCCAUGUCACUGCAGUCCUGUUGGUUCUCUCAGCACACAGUGUGAUAGUUACGGCAGAUGCAGCUGUAAGCCAGGAGUGAUGGGUGACAAGUGUGACCGAUGCCAGCCUGGAUUCCAUUCUCUCACGGAGGCAGGAUGCAGGCCGUGCUCCUGUAAUCCUUCUGGCAGCAUAGAUGAAUGUAACGUGGAAACAGGAAGGUGUGUUUGCAAAGACAACGUGGAAGGCUUCAACUGUGAGAGAUGCAAACCUGGAUUUUUUAAUCUGGAACCAUCUAAUCCUAAGGGUUGCACCCCCUGCUUCUGCUUUGGGCACUCUUCUGUCUGUACAAAUGCAAUCGGCUACAGUGUUUAUUCUAUAUCCUCUACCUUUYACAUUGAUGAGGACGGGUGGCGCGUGGAGCAGAGGGAUGGCUCUGAAGCAUCUCUCGAGUGGUCCUCUGAGAGGCAAGAUAUCACCGUGAUCUCAGAUAGCUACUUUCCUAGAUACUUCAUUGCCCCUGCAAAGUUCUUGGGCAACCAGGUCUUGAGUUAUGGUCAGAACCUCUCCUUCUCCUUCCGGGUGGACAGACGAGACACUCGCCUCUCUGCAGAAGACCUGGUGCUGGAGGGAGCCGGCUUGAGAGUGUCCGUGCCAUUGAUCGCACAGGGCAAUUCCUACCCAAGCGAGACCACCGUGAAGUACAUCUUCAGGCUCCAUGAAGCAACAGAUUACCCCUGGAGGCCUGCUCUUUCCCCUUUUGAAUUUCAGAAGCUACUAAACAACUUGACUUCUAUCAAGAUUCGUGGGACAUAUAGUGAGAGAAGUGCUGGAUAUCUGGAUGAUGUCACCCUGGCAAGUGCUCGUCCUGGGCCUGGGGUCCCUGCAACUUGGGUGGAGACCUGCACCUGUCCAGUGGGUUAUGGAGGGCAGUUCUGUGAGAUGUGUCUCCCGGGUUACAGAAGAGAAACUCCGAGUCUCGGACCAUACAGUCCCUGUGUGCUUUGUACCUGCAAUGGACACAGUGAGACCUGUGACCCUGAGACAGGUGUCUGUAACUGCAGAGACAAUACUGCUGGCCCCCACUGUGAGAAGUGUAGUGAUGGGUACUACGGAGAUUCGACUGUGGGCACGUCUUCUGACUGCCAACCUUGUCCAUGUCCUGGGGGCUCAAGUUGUGCUGUUGUUCCCAAGACAAAGGAGGUAGUGUGCACCAACUGUCCGACUGGUACCACUGGUAAGAGAUGUGAGCUCUGUGAUGAUGGCUACUUUGGAGACCCCUUGGGUAGAAAUGGCCCUGUGAGGCUUUGCCGCCUCUGCCAAUGUAAUGACAACAUUGAUCCCAAUGCUGUGGGAAAUUGCAACCGCUCGACAGGAGAGUGCCUGAAAUGCAUCUAUAACACUGCGGGCUUCUAUUGUGACCGGUGCAAAGAUGGAUUCUUUGGAAAUCCCCUGGCUCCCAAUCCAGCAGACAAAUGCAAAGCUUGCAGUUGCAAUCCAUAUGGCACUGUGAGGCAGCAGAGCAGCUGUAAUCCUGUGACCGGUCAGUGUGAGUGUCUGCCUCAUGUGUCCGGCCGGGACUGUGGUACUUGUGACCCUGGCUUCUACAACCUACAGAGUGGACAAGGCUGUGAGAGGUGCAAUUGCCAUGCUUUGGGUUCCACCAACGGGCAGUGUGACAUCCGCACCGGCCAGUGUGAGUGCCAGCCGGGCAUCACUGGUCAGCACUGUGAGCGCUGUGAGGUCAACCACUUUGGGUUUGGACCUGAAGGCUGUAAACCUUGUGACUGUCAUCCUGAGGGGUCUCGUUCACUCCAGUGCAAAGAUGAUGGUCGCUGUGAAUGCAGAGAAGGCUUUGUGGGAAACCGCUGUGACCAGUGCGAAGAGAACUAUUUCUACAAUCGUUCCUGGCCUGGCUGCCAGGAAUGUCCAGCUUGUUACCGGCUGGUAAAGGAUAAGGUUGCUGAUCAUCGAGUGAAACUCCAGGAAUUAGAGAGUCUCAUAGCAAACCUUGGAACUGGGGAUGAGAUGGUGACAGAUCAAGCCUUUGAGGAUAGGCUAAAGGAAGCAGAGAGAGAGGUUAUGGACCUCCUUCGUGAGGCCCAGGAUGUCAAAGAUGUGGACCAGAACUUGAUGGAUCGCCUUCAGAGGGUGAAUAACACUCUGCAUAGCCAAAUCGGCCGUUUGCAGAACAUCCGGAACACCAUCCAGGAGACUGGAAAUUUGGCUGAACAAGCACGGGCCCGAGUGGAGAGCACAGAACGGCUGAUUGAAAUUGCCUCCAGAGAACUUGAGAAAGCAAAAAUCGCAGCUGCCAAUGUGUCAAUCAUUCAGCCGGAGUCUACAGGAGAUCCAAACAACAUGACUCUUCUGGCAGAAGAGGCCCGAAAGCUGGCUGAACGCCAUAAACAAGAAGCUGAUGACAUUGUACGAGUAGCAAAAACAGCCAAUGAUACAUCAACUGAGGCAUAUAAUCUGCUUUUGAGAACACUGGCAGGAGAAAAUCAGACAGCAGUCGAGAUUGAAGAGCUUAAUAGGAAGUAUGAACAAGCAAAGAACAUCUCACAGGAUCUAGAAAAGCAAGCAGCCCGAGUCCACGAGGAGGCCAAGCGAGCUGGAGACAAAGCUGUGGAGAUCUACGCCAGUGUGGCUCAGCUAGCUCCCGUGGACUCAGAGGCUCUGGAGAGUGAAGCAAAUAAAAUAAAGAAAGAAGCUGCGGACCUGGAACAUCUGAUUAACCAGAAGUUAAAGGAUUAUGAAGACCUCAGAGAAGACAUGAGAGGGAAGGAGCUUGAAGUAAAGAACCUUCUGGAGAAUGGAAAAAUUGAACAGCAGACUGCCGAUCAACUCCUGGCCCGAGCGGAUGCUGCCAAGGCUCUUGCUGAAGAAGCUGCUAAAAAAGGACGAAAUACCUUACAAGAAGCCARUGACAUUCUCAACAACCUGAAAGAUUUUGAUAGACGCGUGAACGAUAACAAGACAGCUGCAGAGGAGGCACUGAGGAGGAUUCCCGCCAUCAACCAGACCAUCGCGGAAGCCAAUGAGAAGACGAGGGAAGCACAGCUGGCGUUGGGCAAUGCAGCAGCAGAUGCCACCGAGGCCAAGAACAAGGCCCACGAGGCUGAGAGGAUCGCCAGCGCCGUCCAGCAGAAUGCUACUAGCACCAAGGCAGAAGCUGAAAGGACUUUUGCAGAAGUUACAGAUCUGGAUAACGAGGUGAACGGUAUGUUGAGGCAGCUACAGGAAGCAGAGAGAGAGCUGAAGAGAAAACAAGACGAUGCCGAACAGGACAUGAUGAUGGCAGGGAUGGCUUCCCAGGCUGCUCAGGAAGCUGAGAUCAACGCCAGAAAGGCCAAAAACUCAGUGAACAGCCUCCUCAACAUGAUCAACGACCUCUUGGAGCAACUGGGUCAGCUGGACACAGUGGACCUGAACAAGCUCAAUGAGAUUGAAGGUACCCUGAACAAAGCCAAAGACGAAAUGAAGGCCAGUGACCUUGACAGGAAAGUGUCCGACCUGGAGAAUGAAGCCAGGAAGCAGGAGGCUGCCAUCAUGGACUACACCCGCGAUAUCGAGGAGAUCUUGAAGGACAUCCACAACCUGGAGGAUAUCAAGAAGACCUUACCGUCCGGCUGCUUCAACACCCCGUCCAUCGAGAAGCCCUAGCAUCGAGAGGGCUAGAAGACAGCAUCCCCUGCUGGGGGACCAUUUGUGAGGCCACAGAGUGCCUUGACACAAAGAUUACAUUUUCAGACCCCCACUUCUCUGCUGCUCUUCAUCACUGUCCUUUUGAACCAGGAAAAGUCACAGAGUUUAAAGAGAAGCAAUUAAAACAUCCUGAACUGGGAACAAAGGGUUCUAUCUAAUAAAGUCUCUCUUCCACUCCUGUUG